AGUGGUUGGCAUCUUCGUUGGUUAGAUCCGGGACUCUUUACAUCCGGGAUUGCGUGGUCCUAGCCGAGUGCGGUAUCGAGCGUGUUGUUUACUCGUAACGACUAGUGAUCUUGAUAGUUUUCACCCUUUCCGGAGGGGAAAGGUCAUCCGCGAUCUUAAGAGGGAAAAAUAUCGGCAGCUGAAGAGAUAUUGUGCAAACGCGUGGUGAAAGUGAUCAUCAAAAAAAAAAUAGUAAUCCAAUAUUGAUUCAAUUGGCAAAAUAAUUUGUGGUGCAGCAGCUGUGAUCGAAAAAAAAAUCGAGUGUGUAUUUCUUGAUUCCGAAGAAAGCGAGGAAGUUGUACGGUACACACCACGUCUAGAGUAGCACGUGUGGCGGUACAAAUUUAGUAGCGAGUAGUCUCAUCGAGUGGGUGAAAAUCGCACAUGACAUAACUCAGUCCAGUACAAAAGGAAAGAAGAGGAGAGCAGAAGAAAAAAAAAAGUGGUCAAUCAAGCUAAUCAGUUUCUAACAAGAGUUGACUAGUGAGUGAGUGAAGAUCGCUUCUUCAAUCAACGUAGAGGAGCAACACCUCCCCGAACUUGGACGAAAUGACGCGGAAAAGCAGAGCAUUGUUCAGUAUAAGAAUACCAUGUCUAGUCGCCUUCAUCACAGUCCUGUCGAUCGCUAGCGGGGCCGAUCUCAAAGAGCGAGCACGUGCGGCACUGCUGCUAGAAAAGUCCUCAGCCACACCGGGAGCACAGCCGGCCAAAUGUCGGGUACUACUUCCGCAACCCUGUCCACCGAGCAAGUUCCGGUCCGCGUCCGGCGAAUGCAACAACUUUAACCACCGCUAUUGGGGCGCCCGCGGCGAUCCCUUUAUGCGGUUGCUGGAUCCCGACUAUGCCGAUGAACGGCUGAAACCUCGCACUUCGGUAGGCUCCCACGCCUUGCCUACCCCGGACAGCAUUAUCGAUCACAUGCAGAAGUCUGUACAGCUAAACGCCGUUCAUCCACAUGUAACUGCCAUGCUGCCUGCCUGGGGUCAACUUUUGGCAUACGAUCUGGUCCAGAUCCUGUCCCCACACUCAACCUUCCGGUGCUGCCGAAACGAUACCUCAGCUAGCGCCGCAACCGACGAGAUCAUCCAAUGUUUCGUGCGAAUGGGAGAAGGAUGCAAGGAGUACAAACGGUCCAUUCCGUCUCAUGACCCAACGUCUUGUGAGUUCCAACACCGGGAUCAGAUGAACGCCGCUUCCGGUUUUCUCGAUGGCUCCGGCCUUUAUGGAAACACCGAGAAAGAAAUUUUGGCGGUGAGGACUUUCUCGAAUGGUAAGGUCGAUAUCAAGGCCUGUCUGAGAUGUAACGAACCAGGGGCAAUCGGAGCACUGCACACCAUUCUGUUGAAGGAACACAAUCGCAUUGCCGAUGAACUAUCCAAACUGAAUGCGGACUGGAGCGACACGACCUUGUUCUACGAAACCCGCCGUGCUAUCAUCGCCGAAAUUCAGCAUAUCACCUAUAACGAGUUCCUGCCUAUCGUUUUGGGAAGUCAAAUCUCCAACAGUCCUGAUUUGAGACUCGAAAACGGCAAACACUACAGCGGCUAUUCGUCGUCCAAUCGGGGCGGAGUUUUCAACGAAGUUGCCGUCGGUGCGAUUCCGGCAUUCCUCAGUAUGCUUCCGCCGGAUAUGUACAACGAGUCGGCUUCGGCUGAAAUUCUAAUCUCUAGCCCUGCGAUGCAGCAAACCUAUAUACCGGACCAUGCAAGCUUCAACGACGAGUGGACUCCCAUUGCGCUGGCGAUCCAACGGGGUCGCGAUCACGGUGUGCCCUCGUACCACAAGGCCCUGAACCUGUGCGAAGCCCGUUUUGGCAUUCCCUAUGGAUCUAAGUUGACCUUUGACGAUAUGGAGUAUUUCGGGCUGUCUCCCGAAAAAAGGAAGACUCUGGAAGGGAUCUACCAGGACGCCGAAGAUAUUGACCUUUUGAUCGGAGGUCUUUCGGAAACCGCAACCCUUGGAACAGUUUUCGGUCCCACCUUAACCUGUCUGUUAGCUAUCCAGUUUGCCAAUCUUCGUAGCAGCGAUCGAUUCUGGUACGAAAAUGAUCUGCCUCCAUCGUCGCUGAAUCUACCGCAACUUCAAGCCAUUCGACGGGUUACCCUGUCAGGAUUGCUUUGCCAGGCUAAGGGAGUUCUUCGGGCACAGCCAAAGGCUUUCAUUCGUGAAGAUCCGUACCUGAACGCUAGGCUGAACUGUGAACAGCUUUCUGGUCUGGAUUUAACCCCGUGGAGAUCUGAAGUCGAUGAAAGCGUUGAAGAGAUCCUUGACGCACCUACCACUACGCCACCGGAGCUGGCUGAACUGGAUUUGGACGUUAUCAACCAAGCCAUCAACAAGGCCAAGGAUAAGUUGAACGAACGGAAGCGUUUUGAGUACGAAUCGUGGAAGAAUAAUGGAGGAAUCGAUGCCAAGUCACCAGCAGGAACAGCAGCCUCGUUCAGUAAAGCAAACAAGAAUGCACUUAUCAUUGCAAAUUCUUCACUUCUUUUCGAGCUGGCUUCAAACGAGAUCAUAAACUCACUCCAUUCAAUUCGCCGCCGCAAACGUCAAGUCUUCGACACCAAUAAUUUGGGAGCUUUUGGCGGAGAUGAUUUCAGCAAUGCCCUACAAACCAUUGACGUCAACCAGUUCAUUUCCGGUUCGAUUUCUCCCAUCAACUUGGAGCCCCAGUGCGAGAACUUGGAAGCUCCCUGUGAUACGGCAACUCCUUUCCGAACUCUCACGGGUCAUUGUAACAAUCUUCGCAACGCUGAACUAGGCCAAUCGCUGACAGUUUUCGCACGUUUGCUGCCCCCGGUUUACGAUGAUGGAAUUUCUCAGCCUCGCAGCAUUUCGAUCAGUGGAGCGCCGCUGCCUAAUCCACGAACCAUUUCUUCCUUGAUUCAUCCGGAUAUCUCAAACCUGCACACUCGUUACUCUCUUAUGGUCAUGCAGUACGCGCAGUUUUUGGAUCACGAUCUUACCAUGACACCGAUUCACAAAGGUUUCCACGAGUCCAUUCCCAGCUGCCGAUCCUGCGAUUCUCCUCGAUCUGUUCAUCCCGAAUGUAAUCCGUUCCCAGUUCCACCACGUGACCAUUACUACCCGGAACUGAACGUAACUAGCGGGGAACGACUCUGCUUCCCAUUCAUGAGAUCACUUCCUGGUCAGCAGACUCUGGGCCCUCGUGAACAGAUUAAUCAGAAUACGGCUUUCCUGGAUGCGUCUCAGGUUUACGGAGAGAAUGGUUGUAUUGGCAAGGGACUGCGAGGGUUCUCUGGACGAAUGAACUCCACAAUUCACCCGAUUCGAGGAAAGGAACUGCUUCCACAAACACCAAUUCAUCCGGAAUGUAAAUCAGCAAGUGGAUACUGUUUCGCGGCAGGUGAUGGACGUGCUUCCGAACAACCUGGCCUCACUGCCAUCCACACAGUAUUCCUGCGUGAGCAUAACCGCAUCGUCGAAGGUCUUCGUGGUGUGAAUCCACACUGGAGUGGUGAUCAGCUGUACGAACAUGCUCGUCGUAUCGUCAUUGCCCAAAACCAGCACAUUACUUAUAACGAGUUCUUGCCACGUAUCCUCAGUUGGAACGCUGUUAAUCUGUACGGCUUGAAGCUGCUGCCUCAGGGAUACUACAAAGACUACAAUCCAACUUGUAAUCCUGCUAUCGUGACUGAAUUUGCCUCUGCUGCCUUCCGUAUUGGACAUUCUCUGCUUCGUCCACAUAUUCCUCGUUUAAGUCCACAACAUCAGCCGAUCGAUCCACCAAUUCUACUGCGUGACGGAUUUUUCAAGAUGGACAUGUUCUUGCAGAUCCCUGGAUUGAUCGACGAAAUAUCUCGCGGUUUGGUUGCCACCCCUAUGGAAACCCUGGAUCAGUUCAUCACCGGUGAGGUUACCAACCAUCUGUUCGAAGAUCGUCGCAUUCCAUUCUCGGGAGUCGAUCUGGUUGCCUUGAAUAUUCAGCGUGCCCGCGAUCACGGUAUUCCAUCGUACAACAACUACCGCGCUCUGUGCAACCUGAAGCGGGCUCAAACUUGGGACGACUUGAGCCGAGAAAUGCCCCCGGAGGUCAUCUCCCGCCUGAAGCGUAUCUAUUCCAGCGUAGACGACAUCGAUCUGUUCCCGGGCGGUAUGUCCGAACGUCCACUGCAAGGUGGUCUGGUCGGCCCGACCUUUGCCUGCAUCAUCGCCAUCCAGUUCCGGCAGCUGCGCAAAUGCGAUCGUCAUUGGUAUGAGAACGAUGAUGCGGUAACCAAGUUCACGGAAGCCCAGCUGGCCGAACUUCGUAAAACUACUCUGUCGAGAAUUAUCUGUGAGAAUUUAGAUAUCCAAGGUGAUAUGCAGCGUGCGGCUUUGGAUCUACCAAGCAACUUCCUCAACCCACGUGUUCCGUGCAGUUCCAUGCAACAAAUUGAUCUCAGCGCCUGGAGGGAGAAUGUGGUGCAAGGCUGUCACAUCGGUGGCAAACAAGUCAAUGUCGGAGAUUCGGCAUUCCCCUCGCCCUGCACUAGCUGUAUCUGUACAAAUGAAGGCCCUCAGUGCGCGUCGCUCCGCAUCACCGACUGUGCCCAGUUGGCCCGCGAGUGGGCACGGGAUGUGAUUCUACGCGAUGACGUUUGCAGCGCCCAGUGCGGUUUGUUCCUGCAGAAUGGUGGUGGUGGUACUCCUCAAGGCCGGCAGCUGAACCUCCAGCGGCAACAACCUCCGCGAGUUGCCCGGUCCCGGGUCGUUCAACAGCAAACGGCCAUCCCGGUUAGCUUCCAAGGUUUCCAAUUCCCGGACCUGACGCAAUUCAUUGGUUAGGGUCAGAUCGUUAAAAAAAACUAACGGAAACAUGGAAAUGGCGUCAACCGGAUGUCGUCGUUGUUGUUGUAAAUAUUGAGCGGCCAUAUUACCUAAACGUACUUUCGACUUUUACCUUUAGCAUUGAAUUCAAUCGAAUCAACGCAACUGCCUCUAGAAUGAAUCUUUAAUUUAAUACCUCGUUCUGAGCCUUUCUUCAACUCGAAAAACUUUAUCUAUCAACAGCGAUCACUACGCAUGGAUCGUUGCAGUGAUUAUUUUUAUUGUAUAUAUUAGUGUAUAGUCUGCAGCGUGUUAGUUAUUUCGGACAUUAUCUCAUAUGUUCUAUUAUUAUCUACUUCGUGGAAACUUAACCACUACCAUACCCUUUGAAAAAAAAAUUAAGCACCUAUAGAGAAGACAUACAAAGGCAAACUAGUUUUUCUAACAAAGUUCAAUUGAAAACACUCGAUAAUCAAACUAGUGAUAUAAAUUAGAAACCAACACAAAGAGUCAAGCGUACAUUUCUUCAAAUGAAACCCAACAACAAAAAUCCCAUGCUUGACCUAUAGGGAAAUCGAAAUGUGUUUUAAAGUGUAGCAAUUAAGGAAGCCGAGUGCGGAAAAAUCCCCGUGUCUCAUAAUCGUUACUGAAACGUUUCUUAUUAAAUACGAAAUCCAAGCCAGUGUGGUAGAUACUUUGCAUACACCGAUUACCAAUAAUGAUAAACAUUGAAAGAAAGAAAAAACGAAAGCGGUGGUUUCUUCCUAUACUGUAAUGGAAACUUGAUGCAAUUUGUUUGCGUUAUGUUCGAUAUUUUAAAUAAAAAAAAUGUAUAUUUAUAGAA